CUGUUACAGUAUUAUAACUGUAAUCUUAUAUACGUGUUUGUUGCGCUUAUUACUUGAUUGAUUUAGUUUAUCAAAUUUUCCAAACGAUGUACAAAAGUUGAAUUUAUCAGUUUUUUCAUUAGAAUCCCAUAUUUUCAUCGGUUAUGAUAAUAUAAUAUUCAGUGGCCAUGUUGAACGAUACAUCAAGAAAAAUAUCUAAAAGUUCAGAGACAACAGAAACCGAUAUACGCGAAGAUGAAGAACAAACGACAAAGUUACAAGAAAUUAUUGAUCUUCUUGUGGCUGCUGGAUAUUUUCGAGCCAGGAUAAAGGGUAUAUCAAAUUUUGACAAGGUGAUAGGUGGUAUGACAUGGUGCAUCGAAUCUUGUAAUUUCGACGUAGACGUGGACUUAUUGUUCAGAGAAAACCUUACUAUCGGCCAGAAAAUAUCCUUGACGGAAAAAAUUGUCGUUAUGCUGCCAAAAAUGAAAUGCCCGUACCAUAUAGAACCUCAUCAAAUACAAGGAUUGGACUGUAUCCAUAUCUUCCCGGUUAUUCAGUGGUUAAUAAAGCGUUCUAUGGAAAUGCGUAAAGAAAUGGCAGGAUUCGUGCGCUCUUUCGCCAUUAAUCAAUUUCAUAAGAAGCAUUUCUUCUUGGAAGACGAAAAUAGUGCUGCGACAGCUGCAAAGAAAAAUAUGAUGCAAAAUAUUUUAUCAAUCAAAAGAUUAUAUGAACCUCGACGAUUAUUCAAGUACAAAGAUAGUUUGCCGAGAGAUGAGGCCACUCGAUUUCUUGGUACUCUUUUGGAGUAUGACGCCAAUUUGCAUGGAAAUAUACAGAAUACAAAGACCGAUGUAUUUCCUCCUUCCAAGUCGAUGACAGCUUCGCAAGACGAUAGAAAAGACAAUCAUAUUUCCGGGUCGAACGAUGAAAAGACGGCUGUAAGAGAAAUUGCGGGUUCAAUGGCAGCUAUCGAGGAAAGCUCUGAUCGUUUAAGCGUGAACGCGGUUGGCAAUAUCGUCGGGAUGCAAGCACAGGAAAUAGCCAAGGUAGCUGAGAAAUAUGCAACAAGAUCGAUAUCUGAAACGGAGGAAAAUGGUGCAUCCGGCACAUCCAGUGCUCUGGUAACUUUGCAAAAGCAAAAAGCCAAUCUACAGGCACGAAUUCGUAAAUUGACAAAGGAAAGAGAUAUUUUGGCAAGUAAAGCCUCGGAGAUGAUAGAUAAAACAAAUCAAUGUUAUAAACAAAGGGAAUAUCUUGAACGUUCGUUUAAGAAGGCACAAGAAAUAGGAAUUAACGAAAAUGAUAGUGUUUUUAAACGAUUGGAAGAACUUUUAUUGGUGCACGAUGGUUUAAAAGAUCAGGAACAAAAGUUUCGGGAGCAAUGCAAAUCUGAUUUUGACUUACUUCGAGGUAUGUUAAAAGAAAUCAACGAUGUAGUACCAACAGAGGAAGAAGACAGAGUUAAGGAAUACGAGGAGCAAAAGAAAGUAGUGGCUAAGGCGAGAUUGGAGUUGGCCAAAGGGAAUAGAAUCAUUGCUUCUUUGACCAGACAAUUGGAUGAUGUACCAGGAAGAUCUGAAUUGACGCAAUAUCAGAGAAGGUUCAUGGAACUUUACAAUCAAGUAUCCGCCAAACACAAGGAGACCAAACAAUAUUACACGUUGUACAAUACGUUAGACGACACAAAGCUUUAUCUAAGCAAAGAAUUAUCUUUGCUAAACUCUAUACAGGAUAAUUAUAACGAAGCGAUGGCAUCUACGAGCGGUAAGGAACAAUUUUUGGAGCAAUUUGAGUCCGCCGUUGCAAGAGUCAAGUAUAAUAAAGCCAUGGUCGAGAAACGGUGUGCCGACGAAAAGAACAGACGCGAUGCUCUUAGUCAACAAUUGGUUACGCUUGUAGAGCAGCAACGUAAAUAUGUCGUUGCUGUCAGACAGCUUACCAUCGAGUGUCGUAAGAACGAAGCAUUACUUGCCCAGCUACGUGGCCCAUGAACGUCAUGUUUCUUUUUUCAAAAUCAAUCGGGAUAAAGAUCCAACCCGUUGUGCAAAAAGAAAAAAGAAAAGAAAAAA